UUUUUAAAUGAGUGGCAAAAGAUAACAUUGGAAUGAAUUUGAUUCAUAUAUAUAUAUAUAUAUUAUUUGCAUACAGCUCUGGAAAAAAUUAAGAGACAACUGCAAAAUUAUCAGUUUCUCUGGUUUUACUAUUUAUAGGUAUGUGUUUGGGUAAAAUGAACAUUUUUGUUUUAUUCUAUAAACUACUGACAACAUUUCUCCCAAAUUCCAAAUAAAAAUAUGUCAUUUAGAGCAUUUAUUUGCAGAAAAUGACAACUGGUCAAAAUAACAAAAAAGAUGCAGUGUUGUCAGACCUCGAAUAAUGCAAAGAAAAUAAGUUCAUAUUCAUUUUUAAACAACAAACAACAGACAAUACUAAUGUUUUAAUUUAGGAAGAGUUCAGAAAUCAAUAUUUGGUGGAAUGAUUUUCAAGCACAGCUUUCAUGCGUCUUGGCAUGCUCUCCACCAGUCUUUCACAUUGAUGUUGGGUGACUUUAUGCCACUCCUGGCGCAAAAAUUCAAGCAGCUCGGCUUUGUUUGAUGGCUUGUGACCAUCCAUCUUCCUCUUGAUCACAUUCCAGAGGUUUUCAAUGGGGUUCAGGUCUGGAGAUUGGGCUGGCCAUGACAGGGUCUUGAUCUGGUGGUCCUCCAUCCACACCUUGAUUGACCUGGCUGUGUGGCAUGGAGCAUUGUCCUACUGGAAAAAACAAUCUUCAGAGUUGGGGAACAUUGUCAGAGCAGAAGGAAGCAAGUUUUCUUCCAGGACAACCUUGUGGCUGUCUGUAACUUUUCACAGGAACUUGUUAAAAUUCUUGGAAAAACAGAAUUUAUUUACUGUAUACCUACAGAAAAUAGUAGCAUUGCAUUUUUUGAUUAGAUUGACCAAGCUUUUAUCCCCGAGUAGAAAAUUGACAUUGUGUUUUAUUAGGAAACACGACUUUGAUGGCAAGUGGAACACCCAACCUAUACAAGUUAUUACACGAGUCUGCAAAGAAGGUUGAAAAUCCGAAUCCAGAUGAAAUUGCUAAUGGUAGGAAGACAGUGUUUGAUACAUGGUUGGCAAAUGACCCAUCUGAUUACGACCCAACUCUCCCUCAUAUUGGUGAACUGGGAUCUGCAAGUGACUAUACCGCAUUUCUACAAAUAGGAGGUAUUCCAUGCAUAGACAUGAGCUACACCUACAGCAAGACAUACAAGCUCAGCGACUAUCCAAUGUACCAUUCAGCCUAUGAGACAUUUGACCUGGUUUCCCGUCUUGUGGACAGAGGCUUUAAAUACCAUCAGGCUGUGGCUCGCCUUUUGGGAGUGAUGACAAUGACUCUGGCUGAAAAGGUCAUUUUGGACUUGGACUGCACACAGUAUGCCAACAAACUGGAAAGAAUGGUGAAGGAUAUUCAAACCCACUAUGGGCCACUGUUUGAGAAGCAUGGUAUAAGCAUGGAUGGAGUGGUAAAAGCAAUACAAGAAUUUAAAGAGGCUGCCAGAAAUCUACAUGGAAGAACUGAAACUGUUGAGCUGACCAACCCUUUAGAGGUCCUCAGACUGAAUGAUCAGCUUAUGGAUCUAGAGAGGGCCUUUAUUGAUCCUUUGGGAAUUUCCGGCAGACCAUGGUACAGGCAUGUCAUUUUUUCUCCAAGUCUACAUGACGCUUACGGUUCAUCAAGUUUUCUUGGUCUCAUGGAUGCUUUAUUUGAUAUUGAGAAAGACCAAGCCAGACGCUGGGAACAGGUUAAGAAGGAAAUAUCGGUGAUUACAUUCAUAAUCCAUUCUGCGGCUAGCACCAUGAAGGGUGUCAAUGAUAUUGGUGGACUCUGAACCACAAAUAACACUGCAUCUUAAAAUCACACUGGAUUGAAGUAUUUCAUGAUUAUUGGAGUGUCCAUAAAAUGUAACUAGAAAAACAGGCAAAUUUAGUCAGUGUGCUCGGCUGUUUUAUAUUAACAUUGUUGUUAUUAGCAACGACCGCUAUAGAUUCUAUCAGUCAAAGCUCCAGACUUCCUAAGAGAAAUCUUUUCUUUCUUCACAGAUAAAUAGGUACAGACUGUUGUUUUCUUCAUGUUGUAGCAGAGAAUACAUUACCCUUAUUUUGUUUGUUGAAGAUUUUUAUUGUAUGUGAAGAAAAUCUUAAAAUGUAAAACAAAAAGGAUAUAACAUUGUACAUUAAAAACUGAUUUAAAAAAAUUAUGUAAUUGAUACAUCUUUUUAUGUACCGUAAUCCGAUUUUUUUCAGUAUGCUGG